AUGGCUAACACGCGUUCUGGGAACGCGAACGCAACUGGAGGUGACCCGAGUUCUCCAACAAGCAACCAACCUCGUCCACGUGCGACGGUGGGGACUUCUCUAUCGGGUGACAUUCAUGCUUUGACACCGCUGUUCACGCCACUCCUACCGCAGAAAAUCUCAAGCACUUCGCACGCUGCGUUGGUGCAACGGCGCAAGGAUCGCCGAGACUAUGAGGAAACUGCCCGUUCUCGUGCGAAGGAUGGUGCGCACGAUAUAAUCGUGCCAGUGAAGACUACUUUCGACCAAGGACUUCUCCGUUUGUGGUGCCGCUUGCGAUCGCACAUCGCAAUUGACGACGUCAUUAAUGACCGCAUCAUGGCCGAGGUAGACAAGAUUAUUGCGAGCGUGAAAAACUACAAUGUCCCUGAUAUCGACUAUGAGAUGCGCAGCAAAUUACGCAUGAACUUAAAGGAGACGGAUAUUAGUGAACGACUUAUCCAGUACUUCAAGACGUGUCACGACAUCAUCGAUGACAAUGGCUGGCGUGUUUUCUUUGACGAUAGCACCGGCAAGAAGCAACUAUGCCGGAUACUGAUUGCUUCAUUGGAACCGCAAGCACUUCGAGAAGACGCCUUGGAGCAUGACAAGGCUUUCCAGCGUCACAAACGUGACAAGCGUGAGCGUAGCGACGGCGACUCCACGAGUCAUUCCUCUUCGAGACCGAGCAAGUCGGCCAAGAAUACGUCGUUUCGCAAUGCCACGCGUUUGGUGAGCGCAGAGCCACCUGCAAAGACUUCGACGGAGCGCCCAAAGGUGCCGCUGAAGCCGUGCCCACACUGCGAUGGCAUGCAUUGGCUUUCUGAGUGCCCAAAGGCAACAGAUGAAGAGAAAUCUGAAAUUCGUCGUAAGCUGCGUGCACAACGUAGCAACGGCAGUAAGAAGGAUGGCGCGCGUCUCAAAAGACUCCGCGAGUGCAUUCCAUCUGAGGAAAAGACGGUGACAUUGAAUGAUGUCAUCGAAUUACCCUAUUGCGCGGACACCGGCGCUGAUCGAACUGCGAUUAGUCGAUCCCAUGUGGAUGAAUUGCAACAACGUGAUCCCUCGGUCAAUUUGAUCACUUUGAAAAACCCCGUUGUAAAUGUAGCAGUGGGAAAACGGGAAAUUACGUGCACUACAUCGGUGCACCUUCGUGUACUACUGAACACUGCUGCAGGUCUGGUAGCACUCCACAAACCCGUGGAAUGCCUCGUUAUCGAAGACGACGAGCCUGAAUUUAUCUUGGGUCGGGACCUACUGAAGGCACUCGGCAUCGACAUCGACCGACAACUCGAGCAGCUAGUAAUUCGCGAUACGGAUGAAGAAGAAGACCUUGUGGAUCUCGAUGAGAUGCUACCUGGCGCUGGUCCUGAUCCGACUGGCAGUGAUCUACACAACGCAAUUGAAAAGCUGAUUCGCACAGCUCUUGACCAUGGGUUUCCCCAUUUACUCGCACCACGCCUGCGUGCAAUAGUGCUCAAACAUGAUAUCUGGCGUUUGGAGCUUGGCAACGACCCGCCUGCAAAGGUGGAGCCACUAAAGAUUAGACUUAAGGACGGUGCAAAUGCUGGCAAGAGCAACCAAGACAGUACCCACCUGCCCCGAUGGGCCAGCCCGGUUUUACCUGUACGCAAUGCUGGCAUGAGUGAGCAAGAGUAUCGUCAAACCUGUGACUACCGGCUCGUGAAUGAUCUUGUCGAGGCGUUGAUCAGCACGAUGCCACACAUGGCAACGCUUUUGGAGUAUACGAAAGGCAAGAAUCAUUAUGGCCUGUUCGACCUCCUGAAGGGUUUCUGGCAGCUUCCACUGCACAUUUUGAGUCAGGAACUCAUGUCCUACAUCACGGACUGCAAGAUCUUCACACCACGGCGUGUCUGUCCCCCAGGGAUGCUGUGA